GCCUUUGAGUAUCCUUUCGAGUGGCGGUUGUGCUAGCUAUACACGUUUUCGGAUCAGCUGUCUGCCUGUCUGUUGCUUCGCGAGCACGGGGAAGUAUUCUCUCCCAGGAGAUCUUGUUAGAAGUUGUUUACUGCCUAUUUACCGAUCUUGCUAGUUGUACUGAUCAAAGCCGUAUACGCGGCUGUCUGAUGCUGACCGGGCGUCCGACAAGGAAGAUUCUGUGCGCGCUCGUAUCCAGUCAAGUUAGUUCUAGUGCGUACGCGUACCCGUCUGGACGUACAAUUGAGUGGAUCGUUUUGAUCUUAUGCAGUGUGUUCUAAGUACUGGGAACAAAGUCCCUCCGUCUUCAGCUUCAGUUCGUUCAGCUGGAACUGUACGUUCGCAGCAAAGAUCGCGCCCUGUAAAUAAAUUGAAUCAAUUUCUUUUCGGUGUCAUUACCGUGUGUACGACCGUCGUGAGAGUGGCUCUGCUUUUAUUUAAAUUGGCCAUUUGAAUUGUUUGUCAACGAUCAAGCUGAUAGGGAAGCUACGAUCGUCUAAUGAUUUGCGUUUGCUGAGAACAGUGUGACGAUUAGCAGCCGACUACUUAACAUUUUUUCCGUGGGAUUCCUCGGGCUGUAUCAAACCUACCAGAUCGAGGGCCUAGCAAACUCAUCUGAGUCAGCGUGUUCUAUCAUUUUCGUCAUUUGAAAGUUUAUUGACGUUGUCGCAGAGCAACCGUCACCGACUGUCGGAAUAACAAUAGCAGGUGGAAAUCAUGAACUCGACACCUCAAUAAAGUUUCAAUUGAAGGAUAAAGAUCACUCAGUAGUUACAAAGUUUCUAUCCGUGGCAUUUGUAGUGUUCUGUUAGGUUGCCAGUGGAUGCCGUUGCCAUCGGGAGCUAAUUGCGUGAGACGUGCUGCUGUAUACGAAUUACCACGUGCCGACUCAUCGCACCGCGCUGCCACCGAUAGGGUACCGUACAUAUCUAUAGCUUUGUAGUAGCCGUUGUUUAUUUGCAGUAGUGCGCGUCUAGGUGUAAACAGGUGUACCCGGUUCAAGUGCGUUGGACAGCAGAAGGAGAAAAUUUAAUUAUGGAUAUCACAUUUGACAACAUAUCCUACAUCGUUUCGGUGGGGAAAAAAGACAAAAAAUCCGUCCUGAAAGGCGUUACGGGGAAGUUCAACUCCGGAGAGCUGACGGCGAUAAUGGGCCCUUCCGGGGCCGGUAAAUCUUCGUUAUUGAAUAUUCUCACCGGAUACACAAAAACUGGCGUCAAAGGGUCACUCAACAUCGGCAACACCGUCGGAGGCAAUAAAUUGUGCAGCUAUAUCCUGCAGGAAGAUAAUCUCCAUCCCUUCUUCACUGUCCACGAGAUAAUGACGAUGGCCUGUGAUUUGAAAAUAUCAUCAGGAAGCUUGAAACAAGACGACAAACUGCGAUUGAUUGACAACAUUCUCGACACUUUGCAUCUCAAGUUUACCAAACAGACGCGCUGUGGAAAUCUCUCCGGUGGACAGAAGAAGCGCCUAUCAAUCGCCUUGGAGCUUAUCGAUAAUCCGCCGGUUCUCUUCCUGGAUGAGCCUACAACUGGUUUGGACAGUUCUUCCUCAUUGUACACAAUCAAAUUGCUGCAGAGAUUGGCUCGGGAAGGUCGCACAAUUGUUUGUACAAUUCAUCAGCCAUCUGCCACAGUGUAUGAAAUGUUCGACCAUGUGUACGUGCUUGCCGAAGGGAACUGUGUCUACCAGGGCUCGGCACUGAACACUGUCCCAUAUCUACGAUCCGUUGGUCUUCAGUGUCCCCAGUAUCACAACGCGGCCGAUUACUUGCUAGAGGUAGCGAACAAAGAGUACGGCAAUUUCAUUAACGCGCUCUCGAAAGCGGCCAUCGACUGUCACUGGCGGAAGCCGGAACCGUGUAUCGCCGUGGCCACCCCACCGCUCUACCUGGCAUACGAUAAAAAUCACAACGGUGCGCCCGUAUACAACAGCACCGUGAUCAGCAGCGUCGGAGAUGGUUUCUAUAGCAAGCAAUUCCCCCAGCAACGGUUACGGAAGCCAAACGAAUUCGCCAAACUGUUGAUUCUGAUGAGGCGGUGCAACGUUCAACUGUACCGCGAUUGGACAGUGACCCACCUGAAACUAUUCUUCCACGUGGUGUGUGCCAUAGUGGUUGGCCUGAUGUUCGGUGACGCCGGCAUAAACGGCACGAAAAGUGUGUCCAAUGUCGCCUCCUUCCUGGUUCACAUUCUGUAUCUGUGGUACACGACUUUGAUGCCGGGGGUACUCAAAUUUCCGUCCGAAAUGAAGAUUCUACGAAAAGAAUCCUUCAACAAUUGGUACAAAAUUAGAACGUACUUUAUAGCGACCAUGCUAACCAGUCUUCCGAUCCAGAUCUUCUUCUCGGUCGUGUACAGCACGAUAGUGUUCACGUUGACUUCGCAGCCGCUGGAGUCCGACCGGUUUCUGAUGUUUCUCGCCGUGCUGAUACUGACCACAAUCGUUGCCGAUGGAUAUGGUAUCUUCCUCGGAACAUUCCUUAAUCAAAUCAACGGGACAUUCAUCGGAGCUAUCACGACCUGCUACAUGCUGGUAUUCUGCGGUUUUCUUAUCCUGUUCAGUCACAUGUCGGAGCUGAUGAAAGCUUUUAGCUAUUUGUCAACAUUGCGGUACGGGCUGGAAGGUCUGGUGCUGGCCAUGUACGAUAAUGGCCGCUCCAGCAUGGUCUGUCCAGAGGAGGAACUUUACUGUCAUUAUGUGAAGGCAUCAACGAUCCUAAAAGACCUCGGAAUGACCCCGGAAAACUACUUUUUCAACGUUGUGAUGCUGACGGUGCAGUUUGUAGCCAUCAAAUUUAUCGGAUUCUGGUCGUUGCAGAGGAAACUGAAAAGCGGUUAGUUCCAAAUGCCAUCGCGAGACUUCACAUGUCUUAGAAGAGGUUAUUCGCCAAAUACAACUUGCCACAAAUGGUAGUUUAAGUAAGGACUUAUUUUACGUACAGCAAUGGUAGAGUGCGUCGAGGUUUAGGUAUAGCAUCUUACUCUGUUUACGAGGUAUUUCAACGAAUACUUACACUAUUUUAAUAACACACGAAUAAUUAUUUGGCGAAUGCGAGAAAA